ACUACACAACGGUAGUGCUAUUGUAGUUAGAAGGUAUAAAAAAAGGUAAUGGCAUUUCUUCUGAUGUAAUUAAAUAGUAUAUGUCGUAUUGCCCAAUAGUAUAAGUACUGUAGGUGUAUGGUAUUGAUACAAUAUAGUGACGGUAUAAUUACAAUACCUACAUAGUACCAUUGUUAUCUUACAAUUGUAUUUUUUCUGAUUAUUGUUUUUCCUUUAUAAUCGUAAUACACUUGGAGAUGAUGACGCCCAACAAGCUUGCAGGUGCUCUCCUAGCGCCUUCAAAGAACAAAUGGACAUAAUUAAACCUAUGAUGACGGCCAGACACUAUGCUGCAUUGGAGGAAAAUCCUUUCGGGCAUUUCUUAAAUAUGCCUAAGAUAUACCAUAGUUUCUUAAAUGUGUCUGCUCUGUUGAAGAAGACAUACAACGUGGAGACACGUACGUUCUGGUUUGGAGGUAAAACUAUCCCUGUCGUCUUUGAUCCUAGGGAGUUCUGCAUCAUGAUGGGAUUACAGUUUAAGGGGAUACCCAUCGAUAAAAACCUGAAAAUAGAAACUCCUUUCAUUAGACGUGUUUUUGGGGGUAAAUUGACCCAAGUAAAGCGUCAUCAAAUUGCUGAAAAAUUGGAAGAGUAUGCUGUUAGGACCGACCAACAAUCAAUUGAGGAUUUUUGUAGGUUGUACAUUAUUUUCGCUUGCAAUACUUUCUUAUUGCCAAAGGGCAACUUUCAACUGCCGAGGUACGUUUAUCCACAUGUUGAAAAAUUGGAGCGCGUAGGAGAUUUUGCGUGGGGAAAGUUGGUGUAUGAUGUGCUCAUUGAAAAUAUUGAGGCACACUUGGCUGGCGCAGGAGGGUAUUUUGAUGGUUGCACCAUUGGGUUGUUGGCAUGGGUGAGUGAAAGGAUCACUUCUUUGGGAUUCGCAAGAACUCACACCAGACAAGGUAACAAUUUUGAUUUAUGCAUUUUCAUUGUGUUAUUUGCUUACGUAAUAAACUAAUGUACAAUUUUUCUAUAUGUUUAUUAGGUGAUAUCAUUCUCCGUGCACAAAGAAGAGAGAAAGUUUUUGGUUUCAC